UGGACUGAUGAAUGAAAUCGAGAAGAACCAUUAGGGUCUGAAGCUCCAGACUCGAACAACCUCACAUUGACCUGGAAACAGAGCAGUGGUGAUUGCCAUCUGCUGACACACCACCCAGACCGCCCAGGGACUGAAGCAGUGUUCUAGGCCGGCUGGGCCUCCCACCCGCAGAGCCCGGAAAAUAUCCCUGAUUAGAGCAAUUAGAGCGACUCCCUGAGCCGGUUCAGAAUUUGCUUAAUCGCACUCACUUCACUGAACUAUGGUUUUGGCUUCGGGGGUUUUAGGGAAAGAAAAAAAAAAGCAAGUUUAGGGAAAGGAAGCAAUUAGAGAGAGAGCAUUCAAAUUGAUUCUCUUCCCUAGUCAGUUUAGAGUUGGCAGAAGAGAAGGCAAAUGACAUCCAUGACCAGGUGUAAAUAUAAGGAGGCUGAUUUUGGAAGAUGGGUCCUUUGAGCCUUGUUUGGAUGAGAAUCCCUGAGAUCACAAAAGGAAGCAGCUGGGCAGUGGAGACUAAAGGAAGUCAAAAGUGCUAGCCAUUACCUACACACCUAAUGACCCUGAAAACGAAAUGAUUUCAGAUAUAUGAGUUUUGGACUUGCCCAGACCCAAGGUCAGAAUGCUGCUCUUCUGUCAUGCUCUAGCUGUAGCAGUUGUCCAGAUCUUUAUCUUCUCAGAAAACCGGGCCUUUGCCAAGAACAUCAACUUCUAUAACGUGAGGCCUCCUCUCGACCCUACACCAUUUCCAAACAGCUUCAAGUGUUUUACCUGUGAAAAUGCAGGAGAUAAUUAUAACUGCAAUCGAUGGGCAGAAGACAAGUGGUGUCCACAAAACACACAGUACUGUUUGACAGUUCAUCACUUUACCAGUCAUGGAAGAAGUACAUCCAUCACCAAAAAAUGUGCCUCCAGAAGUGAAUGUCAUUCAGUUGGCUGCCACCACAGCCGAGAUUCUGAACAUACAGAGUGUAGGUCGUGCUGUGAAGGAAUGAUCUGCAAUGUGGAAUUACCCACCAACCACACUAACGCGGUCUUCGCCGUAAUGCACGCUCAGAGAACGUCUGGGAGCAGUGCCCACACGCUCUGCCUGCCAGCGCUUGCCUGGGUUUUCAUGCUUCCGUUGAUAUGAUGCCACCAUUCCUAGGAGAGACAGAGCCCAGCCCUCUGACGCACAAACUAAAAACUGUGUAAACAGCGAACUUUUGAGUGAAGAGCAAUCUUGCAAUUGGUGAAGAGUACACAUUGGACUCAAAGCAGAAGACAGUUGUUUGCUUGGUUAAAAAGCUCUUGCAUGAGGCCAUGAUAUUCGGGAAGGGAAUUUGGCCCGGACUGAGGGCAUUAUCUGGCUUCCAGGCUUCCUGGUCAAAGAGGCUGCAUUUUGUCACUUUUGCAGGAAGGAUCCUGCCAGCACCCACAAUGGACAGGCUGUAGUAGCCUAUGUUGUCCCCACCUGACCAGGCCUUUAGCUGAAAGGACUCCUUGACCUCAUUGAUCCUUUCAGAAGCUGCUGGGUCAGAUCUUCUCUUUCUGUGAUUAGUUCAGAGUGUCUCUGGGAAGUUUAACCCUUCCCCCGGUGAAAAAGCAAUGUGUGCUAAUUGUGUGUGUGUGGAGGAGAAUAAAGCUUUUAAAUUAUGCAGAGUAAAAUGCAUGCUUGGGUGUUGCCUGACUGACAUGAAGAUCUCAGAUGAAACACAUUUACCAGUGUCAUAACGGUGGUCACUGAAGUUAUGCUUUACACACACCCUGGGGGAUAUUUUCUGGCUUAAACUAUAAAACGUCAUGCCAAA